AGUACACAUGUUCAUGUGUAUGGCGGCGCUCACACUGUGUCCUGUGUGAAGCUCCGGGGGUUUAUGAGCGUCCAGUUCACCCUGGUACUGUUUGAUUACUCAAGAUACCGUUCCUUAGCACUUCACACACCCACGCGCACUCUCUGUGAAAUCAUCAUUAGGUUAAUGUGACCAUGAGCGGGUUUACUGGCAAGCGGGCUGAAAUUACAGAGCGUGUGGAGCUGCAUGUGUUUUUUGUACCCGAUGAUCAGUUUGAUCGGAGGUUGAAUAAAGUAUCGGCUGAAGCUGUGGACACUUUCAUCUCAGCUGGAUUUAUCAGAGUCGAUUCAGAUGUGAGCCUGUCUGAUCUCAGAUCUGAUCUUGGAACAUUUCUUGGGCUGGACAGGAUCGCAGAUAGAUAUGUUUUUUUAAAAUGUGUUGGCAGAAGUUUGGCUCUGGUUAAAUUCAGACAAGAGGGAGAACUGACAGUAAAAUCCUUCACUCCACCAUUUGCUCCUUUUCCUGAGCUGUACCUUUUACCCGUGGGAGAGAAUGACAGUGGCCUUUGCUCUAGCUCUCUGACCCCUGAUACUUUAGUUAGCAACACUGACCAUCACAGUCACGAUUUGCUCAGACCAACAUGUGCACCUGGCAAGAUAAAAGAGCCCAUUAAAUUCCCCUCAAUCAAUAAAGGACCUCAGCAGUCUGUUCUGAUGCAGGAUGCAGAGGAGGAUGAGAGUGAUGAAGACACAGGAUCCGCUGACACUCCUCAUCUAACAUACAGUUCGCAAGAUCAGUUGGAGCCUGUACACAAACAGUCCGAAAUGAAUACAGCUGCAAAAAAGAAAAAAAAAUUUAAAAGGAACAACAGAAACUCUGGACCUACGGAGUCAUUUGAGGAUUCUCAUGGACUGGCAAGGAAAUUCAACAGUUCUCUGACACUGAAAUCAAGUGAAGAAAAAACAGAUGAUAUGGUUCUUAUGAGUAGACCAGCCUCUCCACUCCCAGCAGAGAGAAGUUCUCCACUGUCUGUCUAUUCCCUUGAACUUUAUACACAACAAACAACCACUAAAAAUAAACUGACAGAGGAAAUCAAGCUACUCAAAGAGCAAAGGAAGGAGCUUGAACAAACAAGGCAAGAGCUUUUGAAAAAGGGCAGAGAGCUUUUAGCUCUUAACAGACAUCGCAGGAACCAAGCACGUGACCGGUGGAAAAGGCAAUAUUUUGACACUAAGAAGGCAACAACACUUCUGGAGGACACACUGAAGAGUGUACGACUGGAGCUUCACACCUUCUACAGUAAAAUGCUACAACAACUCCAAGCCCGGGAUGGUGCAAAACGACGAACGCAAGCAAAGAAACAGUCAAGCACAAAGUUAAAGAAUGAGCUGAUAAUCCAGAUUAUGACAGAGAGCAGUGAAAUUGAUGAUCUGAGGAAAAAUGCGGAUGAUGCUAAUAUGAAACUGGCCACAGAGAUCAAGUUGAGAAAGCAAGCUGCCACAGAACUACGGGCCCUGAGAGCAGAACUGAUGCAAAAGAGAGCUCAAUUAUAAAGAAACAGAAUACAUGUCUAUGUGCUCAGCAUUAGGUUUCUUAGAAAUGAGAUUUCUUUGUGGACAAAAGUUGUGAUUCAGCUGAUGAAAUGACUAAUGGUGCAAUGGUUUGAAAGCACCCGUUUACACAUUUUGGAGAAACCAACCUAUGGAUGGUGGACUUAUAGUUGAUUGCUACAAAAUGAUAUACUUUACUUGUAACAUGUAACAAAAAUCAUUUUUAUAAUUUGUAAAAAAUUAAGUCUUGCAAAAAAAAGAGCUGUCAAGCAAAACAACAUUACUUGAUUUUAUCAGGGUUUCUGCAAGUUUUAUGCUGGUAAAUAUAACUUUUUAGAGAACUUUUUACAAGCAAGUAAAGAAAAUUUUAAGAAGUGAAUUGAAGGGAACACAAUACGUGAAUAUGCUCUCUAAAUGUAAUUGUUUAGUGUAGUGAUUUUGCUUUCGCCCGCCUAUUGAGGUGAAAUACUGUAGUGAUGUGUCCCAAAAAUCACAAUGUCAUUAGUGACCCAUGUCACUUUAGGUGCGGUUAUGAGUACAUCAGAUGACCACUUCUCCCCUCUCUUAGUUUGGGACACUAGUCGAAGACUUUUACCUUAGCAGUAUGAAAACACUCCCAAUAGGGGGCUGUUUGGACAAUGUAAAUUGGAGAAAGUUGGUCAGCUGAUAUAUCUGAAAGAUUGCCAGAGACUCAGAACGAAUGGUCAGUCUACUUUAGUCUCUCUAGGAUGGAGAUUCAGGAUGUGCUGCAUCUGUCAUUGUCUCGCUGGAUGAAGAAUCUGAACGUAGGGUAUCUGUUAAUGUCUUCUCACAGGCUGGAGGCUCAGAGCGUGGCCUUACAGUGCAUCCGGAAAGUAUUCACAGCACUUCACUUUUUCCACAUUUUGUUACAACCUUAUUCCAAAAUCGAUUAAAUUCACUAUUUUCCAAAAAAUUCUACAAACAGUACCCCAUAAUGACAACAUG